CAAACGCAAAGCCAAUCAGCGAAGCCCUCUUUCGACGAGGUUUCCAUAUCGCUUUAUCAUCGUGCGAAUACGCGAGAGAAGGAGAAUAGCCCCCAAUAUCUCUCUCUCUACAGAAGCCGCGUCGCCGCCGCCUCUCCAUCCCUCCUAAUAUAUCUCUAUCUUCGCUGCUGCGGUAAGGCGUUUUUCGAUCUCAAUCGCGUUCGAUAGAGAAACUUUUCAACUUCAGACUCCUAGGGUUUCUGUUUCUGCGAUUUCUGUAGCUUACGAUUCCGAAAAAGCAAAAAAAAAAAAAACAAAAACAAAAAAUAGUUCGAUUUGUUGCUAGUUUUGAAUUUGAUUGUGGUUUCUGAUUAAUUGGUUCGAUUUGUUCGGUCGAUUUAGGGUUUGGUCCGGAGGAGAUUGAAUUUGACUUUUUUUUUGGGGGGGGAUUUUAGGGUUAGGGUUUUGGUUUUGAGGUUGAAUUUAGGGUUUUGUUUGCGUUAACUUCCGUAUGGCUGCUGGAAGGCACGGAGGUUACAGAGAUAAUGAGUUCAGGAGCCGGGAGUCAGAUUUGGAUGUGCCCAGGAGGGAGUUUGGGUAUUCCAAGAGGGAUUAUGAUCGAAUUAGGGAUGGGAAUCAGGAUUAUGAGAGGGUUCGAGUUCGUGACAGGAAUAGCCGUGAUAGGAGUAGGGUCAGACAGAAGGAUGUAAAAGAAAGGGAAGUGAUGAAUGGGGAGCGUCGUUCUGUGUCUAGUAGGAGUGACUCUGGCAGUAGUGAUGGUGGAAGCGGAGGGAGUGCUGGUGGAGCUGAGAGAUCUGGGUUUGUAGUUAGGGAUGUUGACCGGGAGCCAGGGGAGCUGUCUAGCGAGAGUGGCUCUGAUGGUGCUAUGGAUACAGAUUCAGAGUUGAAAGAUGUGGAGGCAAAGAAGUUGUUGGUUAAUGGAAAUCACUCACCUGUCCAGAGUAAGAAGAGGAAAUUCUCUCCUAUCAUUUGGGAUAGAGAUGAUAAGGAAGUGAGUAGAACAGUGAAGACAGUUAGCUUACGAACUACUUCAAGCCUUCCUCCUCAGCCUCCUACGGUAAAGUCCAAUCCCACUCCCACGCCUAAACCUCAUCAGGAUAUUGCUGUACAGGAUUCUCCGACAAAGGAGAGUAAGAUUCAGCAUUCUCCUGUUGCUCCUGCUGAGCCAAACAUUACAGCUGGAACUGAUGUUGCAAGUGUUGCAGAAUCCCUGGUUGAUGCAGCUUUGCCCCAGAAUGAGGAACGCAGUGGCAGUGAACAGGAGGCUCAGACAUUUCAGGAGGCUCAAGAUGAUGAGUAUUUACCUACUCGAACCAUAAAGUUUUCACGGUGGGCAACUGAUGCUGAUUCCCCAGCUGAUGAAGGUGAAAUCUCCAAUGAUGAUGAAAUUCCUAAAUCGAAGAAGAGGAAGUCAGCACCUGAAUCCACGGAAUUUAAGGGGAACCGUAAAUCGUUGACCCCAGAACUUGGGGAGCUCAGGAGAGAAGCUGAAGGAACUAGGACAAGAUCAUCAGGAUCUGAUGAGCGAGUUAGGUCUUCCAGUAGAGAUAGUUAUGCUGACAAUGAUGUUGACAACAAUGACUACAUGGAUGUGGCUAAGGAUCGUAAUUAUGAUGGUACUAGCGCUAGCCACUCAGAUACAGAUUCUGAAGAUGACCAUGUCUCGCGUGGUACACCAGACCCUGCACCCCCUCAACAAAGAAGUGUAAACAUGCUUCAAGGAUGUAGGAGUGUUGAUGAAUUUGAGAGGCUUAACAAGAUAGAUGAAGGCACCUAUGGGGUAGUCUACCGAGCUAAGGAUAAUAAGACUGGAGAAAUUGUUGCUUUGAAAAAGGUUAAGAUGGAGAAAGAGAGAGAAGGAUUUCCAUUGACUUCUCUAAGGGAGAUAAAUAUUCUGCUUUCAUUUCAUCAUCCAUCUAUCGUAGAUGUUAAGGAAGUAGUUGUUGGCAACAGUCUUGACAGUAUUUUCAUGGUGAUGGAAUAUAUGGAACAUGACCUUAAGGCAUUGAUGGAAUCAAUGAAGCAGCCAUUUAGCCAAAGUGAAGUAAAAUGCCUUAUGCUCCAGCUUUUGGAGGGUAUCAAGUAUCUCCAUGAUAAUUGGGUUCUUCACCGAGAUUUGAAGACUUCAAAUUUGCUUUUAAAUAACCGUGGUGAGUUAAAGAUCUGUGACUUUGGGUUAGCUCGGCAAUAUGGGAGCCCUCUGAAACCAUACACUCAAUUGGUGGUUACUUUGUGGUACAGGGCACCAGAACUGCUAUUGGGAGCCAAACAAUAUUCAACAGCAAUUGAUAUGUGGUCAUUGGGUUGCAUUAUGGCUGAAUUGUUAUCCAAAGAACCAUUAUUCAAUGGGAAAUCAGAGAUUGAACAACUCGAUAAGAUUUUCAAAAUCCUCGGCACACCCAAUGAAACGAUAUGGCCUGGUUUUUCUAAACUUCCAGGUGUCAAGAUCAACUUUGUGAAGCAUCAGUAUAAUCUAUUGCGCAAGAAGUUUCCAGCCACACCCUUCAACUUUGGGACACCAGUACUGUCUGAUGCUGGCUUUGACCUGUUGAACAGGCUUCUAACUUAUGAUCCCGAGAAGCGUAUAACUGCUGAUGAGGCUCUCAACCAUGAGUGGUUUCGUGAAGUUCCUCUCCCCAAGUCUAAAGAAUUCAUGCCUACAUUUCCAGCACAGCAUGAUCAGGACAGGCGGGUGCGAAGAGUACACAAGAAGAGUCCAGAUCCCCUUGAGGAGCUGCGUAGGAAGGAAUUGCAGCAAGGUGAAUUUGGAAAUGGUGGUUUGUUUGGUUAAGAAAAUUCAGCAUUGCUCAUUUGUACUGUUUAAGAUUUGCUUUCUGCAAUACUCGUCAUUGAUAAGGUUGAGGUGAGAGAGCCAUCUACUGAGAGGAAGUUGCAAACAUUGUUUGUGAGACGAUCACUCGUGCUGUUUUUUAGCAGGCACACUUUACAAAAUAGGUGGAGAAAGGAUUAUUUUGACACAGUAGUCAGAUGUGUUGCAGGUAGACUUAAACACACGUCUGCCAGACUGCUUGCCUUGCAGGGUGGUAUGCUGAGCCCUUAUACCGAUCGAUUUCGAUUGUGUCUCGUGUAUGUAACAUAUUUCUCAUUCGCAAAUUGUAAACAAUUUCUAUGAUGUUGGUUCUGAAUAGUAGAGCUUAUGGAUUUUAUUGGUGUUACUGUUUAUGGGUUUUCUUGGUAAUUUUAUUUUAUUUUAUCCAUUUUAAUCUUCACAUUGUGUUUGCAAGAGAUGGUGGUGGUGUAAAGCGGACAGGGUGUACUAUCAUUUUCAUUGAAGAAGACCUAGACAGAAACUAAUGAACAUUUGAAGAAAUGUUGGUUUCACAUGCUUUCUCUUUUACUUUUUAUCAAUGACAUCCAGAAUCUGAAUCAGCAGUGGAAAUGUAAGAUACGACACUUAUCUGCAAAAAUGUUACUGCAGCAGUAUCAAGCAAAGCACAGGUUGAGGAGCCUAGUUGAACAAAACAACCUGGACAGGCAUUACAUUUUUGUCUGUCAAGCUCUCAACAAGGUCCAUCGUUGUAUUGUUAGAUGAUGAUGGUAUGUGGCGGUGAGUUGUUAUGAGCUUUCUUUCUGGUGAUGAUGGGGUGUAACUAAACGGUUUUAUUUUGGCAUUUUGCCAGUUGCAAGGCAACGAAGCAAGCAUGCCCGAUUUAGUUGAAAUUUGCCCCCACCAAUUAAGUUUAAAGAGGAAGCUCUGCUGCCUGCUUGGAGAUAACCUUAUACAAAUGAGCAGGAAUGUGUAAAACCCCUUAAAUUGGGAGUUCAGGGACGAAAUGCACAGUUUUAUGGACACCACUCUGUUGCUUCUCUUCAGCGCUGUGUAGUCGUGUAGCAUUACAGCCAUUACUUGCUGUGUUUUGUUGUGUGUUUUUAAAGAUUUUAUUAGCUCUUUAGUUGUGUGAAAUAUUAAAAAAAAAAACACACCAAAUGUUAAUAGGCCCCCACAAAAAAUCCAUUUAGCGGUUGGUUGCAGAGUUUUGAACUUGACAAUCCUAAUAAAGAUACUGUUCUAUUCA